GAAGUACCAUGGCGUGGAUUAAAAGAAAAUUUGGUGAGCGGCCUCCAUCUAAACGACUUACUAGGGAAGAUAUGUGAAAUUAUUUAAAAGAACGAGGGGAUCAAACAGUACUUAUUCUUCAUGCAAAAGCUGCAUAGAAGUCAUAUGGAAAUGAAAAAAGGUUUUUUUGCCCUCCUCCUUAUGUGUAUCUUAUGGGCAGUGGAUGGAAGAAAGAAAAAGAACAAAUGGAACGCAAUGGUUGUUCUGAACAAGAGUCUCAACCAUGUGCAUUUAUUGGAAUAGGAAAUAGUGACCAAGAAAUGCAGCAGCUGAACUUGGAAGGAAAGAACUAUUGCACUGCCAAAACAUUGUAUAUAUCUGAUUCAGACAAGAGGAAGCACUUCAUGCUGUCUGUAAAGAUGUUCUGUGGCAAUAGUGAUGACUUUGGUGUGUUCCUCAGCAAGCGGAUAAAAGUCAUCUCCAAACCUUCCAAAAAGAAGCAGUCAUUGAAAAAUGCUGACUUAUGCGUCGCCUCGGGAACACAGGUGGCUCUGUUUAAUUGACUUCAAUCCCAGAGUACCAGAUACUUGCAUGUAGAAGGAGGUCAUUUCCAUGCCAGUUUUCAGCAGUGGGGAGCAUUUUACGUUCAUCUCUUAGAUGAUGAUGAAUCAGAAGGAGAAGAAUUCACAGACCGUGAUGGGUACAUCCAUUAUGGACAAACAGUCAAAUUUGUGUGUUCAGUUACUGGCAUGGCACUCCCAAGAUUGAUAAUUAGGAAAGUUGAUAAGCAGACCGCAUUACUGGAUGCAGAUGAUCCUGUGUCACAGCUCCAUAAAUGUGCAUUUUACCUUAAGGAUACAGAAAGAAUGUACUUGUGCCUUUCUCAAGAAAGAAUAAUUCAGUUUCAGGCCACUCCAUGCCCAAAAGAACCAAAUAAAGAGAUGAUAAAUGAUGGCGCUUCCUGGACAAUCAAUAGUACGGAUAAGGCAGAGUAUACAUUUUACGAGGUGAUGGGCCCUGUCCUUGCCCCAGUCAUACCCAUGCCUGUUGUAGACAGUCUUCAGUUGAAUGGCGGUGGGGACGUAGCAAUGCUUGAACUUACAGGACAGAAUUUCACUCCAAAUUUACGAGUGUGGUUUGGGGAUGUAGAAGCUGAAACUAUGUACAGACGUGGAAAGAGUACGUUCUGUGUUGUCCCAGACAUUUCUGCAUUCCGAGAAGGUUUGAGAGGGGUCCGGCAGCCAGUCCAGGUUCCAGUGACUUUGGUCCGUAAUGAUGAAAUCAUUUAUUCCACCAACACCCCAGAACCGGGGCCCUACACCCCAGAACUGGUGCCACAGCCACAUUGCAAUGCAGCGGGAGCAAUCUUUCGAGCCAACUCCAGCCAAGUGCCCCCUAAUGAGUCAAACACAAACAGCGAGGGGAAUUACACAAAUGUCAGCACAAAUUUGACCAAUGUCACAUCAUCUACAGCAACAGUUGUGUCCUAA